AUGGGAGUUCUAUGUAAGACUAUAGCACAUGUGUAUGUUAUAGAAUUUCAAAAGAGGGGUUUGCCUCAUUGUCAUUUGUUAAUUCAUUUAGAUCCCAAUGACAAACUUAGGGAUGCAGAUGACAUAGACAGUGUUAUUUCAGCAGAAAUUCCUAAUCAACAGGAACACCCUGAGCUGUUUGAAAUUGUACGAUCGUGUAUGAUUCAUGGACCAUGUGGACAUCUGAAUCCUAAUUCCAGAUGUAUGGAAGAUGGUGUUUGCACGAAAAGUUUUCCAAAGAAAUUUUUAGCAUCUACGGUAGCUGAAGUCAACGGAUAUCCAUUAUAUAGACGCCGUGAUAAUGGUAUACAUAUCAAUGUCAAUAAUGUUGAUGUAGAUAAUCGCUGGAUUGUUCCAUAUAAUCCAUGGCUUUCAAAGAAAUACAAUGCACAUAUAAACUUAAAGCCGUGCAUGUCUGUUAAAUGUGUUAAAUACCUCUAUAAAUAUAUUUAUAAAGGUCAUGAUUGUGCCAACAUUGAUAUCAAUGAACGUAUUGAUCAUGAUGAGGUGCAGACAUUUUUAGAUGCGCGCAAAGGACAGGCCAAAGAGGCUCUGGACAGAGCUGCAGAUCAGGCUAUAAAAUUAACAGCUUGGUUUGUGUUAAAUGCAGAGAAUCAUGAUGCUCCCCAAUAUAUGUAUCCAGAUAUUCCUCUUCAUUUUGUUUUUAAUAAGAACAAAGUUUGGAAACCAAGACAACGCGGUCAUGGUAAAAUUGUGUCCAGAAUGUAUAGUGUGAGUCCUCGCGCAGGUGAGCUUUUUUAUUUACGUAUGUUGCUAUUGCAUACACCUGGUGCAACUUCUUUUGAAGAUUUACGAACUGUCAAUGGCAAUGUUGCUGAAACAUUUCGUGACGCCUGUUUACUGCGUGGUCUCCUGCAAGAUGAUACUAAAUGGAACAAUACUUUGCAAGAAGCUGUUAACUUUCAGAUGCCUCGACAAUUAAGGCAACUGUUUGCUGAGAUACUUACUCACUGCGAACCUUCUGAUCCUUUUACUUUGUGGACAAGGUACAAGGAUGCAAUAUAUGAAGAUUAUAUUCACCAAAUGAAUGAGGAACAGGCUGAGUACAGACUGCUUCAAGAUAUUAAUUCUAUGAAUUACCCCCAGUUGAAAACAUUAAUGUAG